CUGCGUUCCGCGCGCUUGUUCCUAAUUUUCGUGUUCACUGCCGGCAAUCGCCAUGUUGUUGUGUAAGCUUUACAAGGCUUGAUUGACGUUAGUGGUCAUUAUUCCGUCCACUGUGUGCAAUAAAUGGAGAAUUCUGGAGGAGUUACACCAGUAAAAGUCUGUCCGUAUGGUGAUGAAUUCGGAGUAACUACUCCAUCCGGAGGUUUAAUUUUCAAUCCAUUUCACAGGGAGUUUCUAAGUCGUGUUGGACAAGUGAAUUUUAGUCCUGGAAUAUUUGCUUACAAUCCCAGCCCGAUAAGUAAAAGUGGUUCAAGAAGAAAUACUCCUAGUAGAACAAAUGCACCUUUCAUCUUAUCUCCUGACAUGCAAGGAGAGUUAUUUCCCGCUGAUAUAGAUGAAAAUCCUAUCCUACAACUGAAACUUCAAGAAAAGUUGGAUACACAGUGUGACGAUGAAAUUCAGAACAGAAUUCAUAGCUUCUUUAAAAGUCAUUUAAUUGCACCCAGCCCUGACACACUUAGUGACACACCAUCAAAAUGUCAUUCUGGUUGCCUUCCAAGGACUUCAUCUCUCUUACCAACAGCUACUCCUUUAGGUAAAAAGAAGAAAAACUCAUAUAAACUAGAAGAUGAUGGAAAAGAUAUGUGUGAAGUUGCUGUACAGACAGCUAUCUCUAUGCCUCCAUCAUUCGACUUUGAAUCGAUUAUGCGUAAUGCUUUGGAAGAAAAUCAUUCAACUAAUAAUUUAUGCAUUGAUAAAUCUCUAGUCAAAUUAACACGUAUAUUAAAUAAUUCCAAUGAAGUUAUUGAACAUGACAAAUCACAUUCUCAUCUAAAAUCUGCUCCAAUAACUAGUAAUAUCUCUCUAUCAGCUUGUUCAGUUCAUCGUCCCUUGAAUUCCAAUACAAAUAAUUCUUCAACAUUAUAUCGUAAAAAUUCACGUCAUUGGCUAAGUCGACGUAGUCUCUUCUCAGAUUCAUCUGAAAUGAAUGAUGAACUUAUCUAUGAAGUCACAAAUGGUGAUAAUGAAUCCAAUGAACAGCAUAAUACACUCACUUCAUUCGACAAUAUAGAUAAUUGUCGUAGUCAUUCAAACUCAUCAUCUAUUCAACCAGCGUGUUCCACAUAUCUGUCAUCAACACAAAUGGAUAUUUCUCAUGUGAAAUUUAGUAUUGAUAAAUUUUGUCCAAAUGAGACAAAUUGUUCACUUGUUAAAGAAACUGCUGCAUUACAAAUGUGUCUACCGGUCAAUUGGGCUGAUAAUCCAAAUAAUGAUAGUUCAGAUAAUGAUGAUGAUGAUGAUGACAACGAUGAUAGUGAUGAUGUAACUGGAGAUAAUGAAGGCAAUCUGUCGAAUGCAACGGAUCAAGAUAAUUCAGUCAGUAUGCAUACCUUGAAUCGAACCGCAAUUGAACGUACCAAUAAAAAUAUUUAUACAUCUUAUGAUGAUGCUAUAGAUAAUGAUUGUAAUAAUUACAAAUCGAAACAUUUAUGUAUUGAUUAUUGUUCAUCUCAAAUGAAUUCACCACAACACUUUCAACAACAAGGUGAACAUGAACGUCAACUACAUGUUCGUUGUGGUAGCACUAGUCCAGAUGUUCGUUACAAUGAUAUCUCAUUUCAUAGUCCUGAUUUAUCUCCAAUUCUACCUGCUCGAUUAAUGGAUGAGGUGUAUAGUUGUACAUCGUUAGAUAAAAGAACUCCACUGGCUAUCCAAACUAAUGUACACAUGGAGAAGAACAGUGAUAAUCAUGCAAUUAUGCCUGCGAAAUGCUUAUUUCCGACAUCUUUGAAUAAAUCGAAUUCAUGAUGAUUUAUUAGUGAUGCGUAAGGACUGUAGUGUGUGGUAUUCUUGAUAAUUGAUUGAAUGGUUGGUAUUGCCUAGUUUUUACUCUUCGUGAUAAUUCAUAUAUAUAACUUGGUAAAUCUACCUAUCAUAAGCUGUAACGUAAUUAGAGUGAAAGAUGUUUUAACCUAUUUUAGAAAUUUUCACCCUAGUUAAUUACCUAAUUAAUAAAUUAACUACUUAUUUAUUUGUAAGUACUCAUGUAGGAUUUUUGAAAAUGAUAUAUGAGAAUACCUUUUUUUUAGCGCAUGUGGAAUAAAUUGAUGAAUAUUUCUCUCGUUUAAGUAUUGUAUUUAAUGAACUUCUAAACAAUUUACUGGAUGGUUGCUAACUACUCAUAAUCUAUUGUUGAUUCGAUUUAAUUUUGUAGACAAAAACCUUAUUUUUAUUACUAUUUAUUCAUGUGCUUGUAA